AUGCACUUUCCGAGCACUUUCUCAUGUCUCUUGGCUGCUCUCUCUUCGGCAUCACACGUUCUAGCAGACGCAAUACACGAUACACAACCUACCCCGACGAUCGAUGCAGCAGCACAUAUGGUCACGCCCAACGACGCAUUACAAGAUUACUUGGAAAAUGGCAAUAACAUAGACAACCAUCUCGAACUCCGCCAAGCGACCGACUACAACCUUGCAGCCACGACCGCACCGACUCAAGCCGGAGCCGUAACGACCCUCUACAUGAACCAGCAAGUCGGGACAACAGUCACAUACGCAGCCAUCGUCUACACACAACUCUUCUCGAAAGUCCCCGACCAACUUCCCUUACCUGGCGUCGGCUCGAUCGGUCUCGGAAACCUGGUCAAGCAAGAGAAAAGAGAAGCCGCACCCACACCUGCACCAGGUAUCGCAGGCAGAAUCGCGACAUGA